AUGCACACGGUCGCAAGGUUUCCAAGUGGCGAGUGCUUACCCAAGUGGCUUUCAGCAUCCAUCAUCCUAUUGCAAGUGUUUGUGCCAAUUCUGUUUCUUUCAUUGGCCAACUCCAUCCCCUUCAGUUGGUGGCUUGUCUGGAUUGCUCAUCUUGUAGUGGCCACAGUUGGCUACGUUGGAUUGCGCACUCGAGACCUGCGCCUCCUAAUACCUCACUUCAUCUACUCGAUCAUGGGGCUUGUUGUUCUCAUGGCGAGCUUUUUCGCGCUUGUUUUUUUUGUCGGGCAAGGCUUCGUCUUUCGCCACGGCUUUGCGCUUAGCCUCCUUGCCACCUUGUGCGUCUCUCUGCCCCUGGGCUUCAUGCUGUGGCUGGAAGUGCUCCUCAUCAACGACAUCCUUGCCAAGAAAUACCCAGGAACACGUUUGGGCCGUGGGCUCCACUUGGGCUUCAUCACCAAAGCAGUUGACCAGGUGGUCGUCGAGGGAUCUUGGGCCAUCGCCUUAUUUUUUCUUUUGCUUUGUCUUUGUUGGUACCACUACCAGUACCAGGCCACAUGA